CUGAUACCUGACUGAGAGCAGCAGUGGAGGCCAGCUCAGGCCAUCGUCAUGGUGACCUUCGCAGAGACCACUCAGACCUCUGCGAUGGAGCUGCGUGAGCCGGUGUAUGUGAGCAGCAGCCUGUCCCCAGGCCUGCGCAGGAAGAAGAUGCUCUGGCAAAAGGCUGUCAAACAUGUCAUUGUCCAAAAGGAGCUCUCUGCUCAGGUGGGUGUGGAGCCAGCUCGGCAGAUAUUUGUAACUGAUGCCUACAUGCAGGAGAUCAACCGUCAGAUUCGUAGUAAGUCCUUACGUGGGGUAACAAAGCGGCGCUCAUCAUCUUUCAGAGUGCACCCCCAGCGAGGCUCUACUACCAACAGUGUUGGAGGAGCCUUCCAUGACUAUGCCAGUGACGCGGACUUCUUUGUUCGAUGGGGCUGGACUGUUCGUGGGGUGUAUAUACCCACAUUAAGACACACUUUCAAAUCUCGUGACAUGGAGAAACUUUACCAGCAACACUCUUGUCACCAAAGACGUAACUCUCUUGCAAUCACAAGUGUCAUUGAUGCUGUGGCCAAGCUUCAUGUUUUAGUUCUGUAUCUUGCCCUUGCCCCUGAGGAAACUCCAGAUGCUUUACAUGGCUGCCUUACAAGUCUUUUUUUGAUUUUAGCUUUAGCCCUGUGUACAGUGGUUUUAUUAUGCAAACGCUCCAUGUCUCCAACAUGGCUUCACUAUGCUGGUGUAGCUUGUUGGUUAUCACAAACCACACAGGUGCUGGGAGGACUGGGUUAUGGACUGGAGAAAGACCCCUCCUGGUAUGUCUUGUUCUCACUUUUUGCUACUUACACACUGCUACCAUUACCGCUGCUGUGGGCCAUGUGCGCUGGCUGCCUCACCUCAGUGCUGCACCUUGUGGUGGAGAUGACCCGUUCAUACAGUGAUGCUGUCCUCAUAAGACAGGUAUUUGCCAAAGGCCUGCUUUACUUGGGCAUGAACACAGCUGGCUUGUUCAUUCACUACUUGACAGAUCAUGCGCAGAGACAGGUUUUCCUUGAGACACGCCGCUGCAUUGAGGGGCGCCUCAAAUUAGAACAAGAGAACCAAAGACAGGAGCGGCUGGUGACAUCUAUCCUGCCUCGAUUUGUUGCCUUGGAGAUGAUUUCUGAUAUGAACACUCUGGAAGAUGAUCUCUUGUCUCAAGAGGUUCACAAAAUUAGCAUUCACCAAUAUAGAGAUGUCAGUAUUCUUUUUGCGGAUAUCAAGAAUUUUACACUUCUUUCCAUGAACUUGUUGGCACAAGAUCUAGUUCGCUUGUUAAAUGAUCUCUUUGGACGCUUUGACCAUUUGGCAGAGGAGCAUCAUUGUAUGAGGAUUAAAUUACUUGGAGACUGUUAUUACUGUGUGUCUGGGGUCCCUGAGCCACAACAGGCACAUGCUCAACAUUGUGUUGAGAUGGGGUUGGCUAUGAUCAGCACUAUUCGGCAUUUACGGAAACGGAUGAACUUAAACAUGGAUAUGAGGAUUGGGAUCCACUCGGGGUCUGUCCUAUGUGGUGUUCUUGGCUUACAAAAAUGGCAGUUUGAUGUCUGGUCUUGGGAUGUUGGUAUUGCCAAUAUGCUUGAGGCUGGAGGUGUACCAGGACGAAUCCACAUCUCUCGAGCAACAUUGGAUUGCUUACAGGGUUUGUACAACACUGAAGAUGGCCAUGGCCAACUGAGGAAUGAGUUCUUACGCAAACACAACAUUGAAACCUUUCUUAUUUGUCCCGAAUAUGAUGAUAUAAACAUGCAAGCUGAGCCCAAAGUCACAAAGACUGUUAAAACCUGGAGUCCGGAGGCAACGUUUGGAAAAGUGACUGACACAAACAGUAUACUGGCCUCUUUUACAAAUGGAUCACUAACCAACAUCUGGCAAUCCACCUCUAAAGAAAUAAACAAACGUAUCAAACAUGCUAUAGAAGUACGCAGUAGUGACCUGAUGCACAAGGAGCAUAUCACACCAUUGACCCUUGUCUUCAAGGAUAACAAUAUUGAGGAAAAAUUUUCACAGAUGAGAGAUGAAAUGUUCAACUCCAACUUACUGUGCUCCUUUAUAAUGCUGCUGUUCCUCAUGUCAGCUCAGGCUCUCAUCCCUGCUCCAAGGAUAUUGCCAGCAGUGCUCCAGUUUUCAGUCUUUUUAUUUGCCUACAUGCUGUUGCUUCUGCUAGCCCUGGCUGAAGAGUUUAAGUGGACCCCUGUAGCACUGCAGCAUUUCUGUUGCUGGAUUCAUGAGAACAACAGUGCUCGCAACCUUCUCACUGUAGCUGCCCUCAUUCUCAACUUUGGCCUUGCCUCUACUAACAUGGUAUGGUGCAUUGUAACAGACCCUGGGGAGACUGUUGCCAUAGACAGAACAACAGUACUUCCUCUCACAGUCUGUACCUACCCUGAAAUAUUUGUGCUCAGCAGUGUCAUUGCCAUGGUAACUUGUGCCGUCUUUCUUCGUCUGAAUUCCAUUCUGAAGCUUGCUGUAUUAUUACUGGCUGUAGCUGUUGAUUCCUACCUCAUUCACAUGGCCUUUGUAUCUCUCACACACCAAGACAUGCUGCAGAGAUCUUACUAUGUCAGAAGAAAAGGAAUAUCUGUCCUUGUCAUGCUUAUGUUUAUUUUAGCUGUCUACUAUAAUGGACGCCAGUGGGAGGCCACUGCUAGGCUUGACUUCCUAUGGCGCUUGCAGGCCCAACAAGAAGUACAGGACAUGAAGGAAUUGAGGGAACACAAUGAAUGUCUUCUGUAUAAUAUCCUCCCGUUUCAUGUAGCAAGGCAUUUUCUAGAGCGAAGCAAAAAUGAUGAAGAGCUGUACUCUCAGUCAUACGAUGAAGUUGGGGUUAUGUUUGCUUCAAUCGCUGGAUUUGAUGAGUACUUUGAAGAGAAAGAGAUUAAACAUGAAGGAGUGGACUGCCUCCGACUACUGAAUGAAAUCAUUGCUGGAUUUGAUGAGUUGUUGGAAGAGUCUUAUUUCCAGUAUGUGGAGAAAAUCAAGACCAUUGGAAGCUGCUAUAUGGCUGCCUCUGGCUUAGCUCCAGACAAACAGACAAGUAUGGAGGAGUGGAAUCACCUGAGUGAGCUUGUUUUGUUUGCAUUAGCAAUGGAGGAGACCCUUAAAGAGAUUAACAGGCACUCAGACAAAAACUUUCAGCUGCGUGUGGGCAUUGCCCAUGGACCAGUGAUUGCAGGAGUGAUUGGGGCCACUAAACCACAGUAUGACAUUUGGGGUUCAACAGUUAACUUGGCCAGCCGGAUGGAUAGCACAGGGGUCAGUGGGCGGAUACAGGUCCCUGAGGCGACCCGCAAAGUCCUGGCAGAGUGGGGCUUUGUCCUGGAUCUCCGUGGGGAGAUCUUUGUGAAAGGGGUGAGUGAGCAUCAGGGAAAAGUCCGUACGUAUUUCAUCAGCACCAUUCGCCACAAAACAGCCAGUGUCGCAACGUAUGGCCGCUCAGGAAGAGAUCGAAAAGCUGAGCGCUUGACAUUGGCUGGAGUCGUGUAUGGUCUUCUUCAAACCAGACAAAAAGAGAAAAUCAGAGAGACCAAUGGAGGAUAUGGUCUGGCCUCACCCAGUAUUCAUUGCUGAGAAAGUCAAUUCUGUUAUUUUGUAUUGUAAAUAAUAUAUUGUCAUAGAACGGUAUAGCUUUUGUGUCAAUAUUACAGUCAAUUUGUUGUUUAUUGCUAUGAUCCAUUUAGAUACAAUGUUAUCAUUGAAGCCGCCAAUAUUUCAUGGUUCAGAAAGCCAAAACACCACAAAAUACCUCAAUACAACUCAUCUAGCCUCAUUACCAAUGGCCUAUGCAGCACUUUUUUUUACACCCAUUUCAAAUAAUGUAUUUCUUUUGGUCUAAUGUUUUAAGAUACU